CGGCUCCUCCACGGGGCCCAGCAGCAGAAGAAGACGGCCGAGGACAAAUCCCUCUGCAUUGUGGGAGCAGUGUGUGUGUGAGAGAGUAACAUGGCGGCGCGCAUCCUUGCCCGGUGUGUCCGAUCACUGAACCCCCGCCUGGCCGUGCUCAGUCGGAUCCAUGUGGCCGCCCUCUCCUCGGCUCCUCUCGGCCGCAGCCGGAGCCUCUGCCAGCGGGCGCUCGGGCACAGCGGACACAGGCCCGCUCUGACUCAGAUUCAGUACAGCUCCCCCCUGGUCUCUCAGUUGCGGCAGUACGGUGACCUUCCCCCAUUAACCAUAGACUCCAUCCGCGACAGGGUCCUCUAUGUGCUUAAGCUCUACGACAAGAUCAACCCCGAGAAGCUUCAGGUCUCGUCUCAUUUCAUGAAGGACUUGGGGCUGGACAGUCUAGAUCAAGUGGAGAUCAUCAUGGCCAUGGAGGACGAAUUCGGUUUCGAGAUUCCUGACGCAGAAGCAGAGAAGCUGAUGACACCCGAGGAGAUCGUUCAGUACAUCGCAGAUAAGAAGGAUGUCUACGAAUAAACUUUUGUUAUUUCAUGUACAGAGUUUUGUGUGGUGAGACGUGAAUAGUGGCGAAGGCGCCGACACACUGUUUAUUUUAUUCACAUGCGAAAGCAUAAAUCUGUAAUCCUGUUUUGGCCUCUUCGUUGUUUGUGAUUGGCAGAAUCUGCCCGACACACUGCAGAAUGCUACCAGUUACCAGUUAGAAUUCAUUCAGACAUGAAUAAUUCAUAUAAAUAUUACCAUAAUAAAGACUUAUUAAGAUUCCA